AUGAUGCGCGACAUUCAGGACAAUGCUGGGCCAGGCGCAAGCGGCGUGAUGGAGGAAAACGAGGGCGGCGAGAGUGGGGAUGUCGAGGUCGAUAUGGACGACUACGGCUCUCUGACUCUUCCUCCAGACCUUCCACCAUAUUCAGGCGAUUACAUCAUUAGUGAUUACAUGGAACGUCUUGGCACUCGACUUAAUAUACUCGAAACGGAACUCAAGUAUGCUUGGCGAGCAUUAGACCUGCUAAGCCAGGAAUAUGUGAGAAUGUGGGAAAGGCUGGAGAGAUUAGAAGCACUUCUUGCAGAUCAACAGGGUGUAAUAUCAACUUUGCUUGACUUUUAUACUUGUCGCAAUGUCGCUUCUAGAGAUUCAAUGACCAGGCUAGAAGUUAUUAGAGAAAUAUUAGGAAAUGGGACUGUUGAGGAUGGCAUAGAAGAGGGAUUGGAUAUAGGACGAACUUCUUUACUAAUUGAUACUCAAGAUGAAGUAAUGGAAUCGGAUGAGGCAUUUUACAAAAGCUUGAAUCAGGCUUAUCGAGAUGAUCUUGUUUGUGAAGAAAGUUCUAUACCUAAUUCACAGCUUGAUAUGAUUUGGGAAGCACCUGAAGAACCCGAUAUGGAAUUAAUGCCUUCAUCAUCUCGACAAAUUUACAGUGCAAAUGAUUAUAAAGACUAUUGUGGCCUACAAGAUGGACCUGGUAUUAGUGAAAGAGAUUUGGUUCAUUUAUCUACUUUUAGUACCAUAGAUCAGAUAACUGUAGAUAAAUUACACGAAUUAGAUAGGUUGACAAGCCAAUUACACAAAGAUUCGAGAGAUUUAAAAGACUUGAAAAGUAGACUACUUAGCCCUGAUACAAAAAUUGUAUCAAAACAUGAUAGAGACAUUGAAGCUAAAACGUUGGUAGAAGAUGGAAACAUUAUAAACGAACAAUUAAAAAACAUUUAUACAGGAGUUGAAAACUGGGGUAUUAACGAUAUGAUGAAAAGUUUUGACGAUUUUGUUUUAAAUGUACCUAAAGAGACACUUACAAGAGACAAGUCACCUUCAAGAUUAUCACUUACUGAAAAUAAUGUACCCGAAAAAAAAAUGGAAUAUUUACCAACCAGUAUAUCACCUAGACGAAAAUUUGUGCCAGAAAGAACUACAACAGAGCCUUAUACUACUGUAACCGGUCGCUUAGCUUAUAGUUCAGCUGUAGCGAAUGCUGAAAUAAAUGCAGCAAAAUCAUCAAAAUCCCCUAGUGCCCUUUCUAAAGAAAGAUUUGAAUAUAGUUCUAAUUACCAACUAACUGAUUCUCCGCGGCAAAAUUAUUAUUCAACGAGAGUAACAUCUCAAACGUUUGAUGAAGUUUACAAAACAAUUUCAGAUCAGCACUCACCUUUGUCUGUUCAUGAUGUGUACGAUGUACCUAUAGAUAACAGAAUGGACAUAAAUUACGAAGACACUAGGCUGCACAAAUCUCCUAGUCCUCCACCGCCAGCUCCUCCUAAUGGCGUUGAACUAUUUUCGACGGUUGAAAAUAAUAACGAAUUAUCCUCUCGACAAGCGAUGUUAUCUACCGCAUCUGUUCCAACAGACAGUGUACGUUUAAGUCCCCGCUCUCCGAAAUCUCCAAAAACAUCACCUAAGUUUUUGAAAAGGGAUACUACUAAUAUAGUUGCAGCGAAGUCGGAUUCUGGUUUAUCUUCUAUGAGCGGAUGGUCAAGUCUUGAAAAAAGCCCAGGUUCACCAAAAACCUCAAGAAUAUCGCACGGGAAUUACGAUAGUCAUAAAUUAAGGUUAUUAUCUCCGCAAGGUAUUCAUAAAGUAGCGCAUGAAAUUGAAUCAAAGCCAUACAUUGAAACAUUAGUGGAUUCAUAUCAGUUUGAAGGGCAAACUAUUAAACAAGAUUAUAAUUUUCUAAAAGACGAGAUUAACGUCAUAUCUAAUUCCAAAGAAAAGUUACAGAGCAAAAUGGAUGCAAGCCUUUUGAAAAGUGACAUGUCAUACUCAAACCAAGCAAUUACUAAUAUGAGUGAGUACUACUAUAGAAAUGAAGCACCAUCAAUUUAUUCAGUUGCAGGAAAUAGACAACCAAUCUUUACCACAGUAUAUAGUAGUCCACGAGGAAUGUUAUCAGAUGAUAGAAGUUUCUCUGAGUUGUUGGACACAAGCGCCAUUUCAGAACCUAUUUCAAAACCUGCGAUUGACUCCUAUCCACCGGAACCAAGCUAUCAUGCACAAACUGUUGUACUGUCAGCAGCAAAUGUUACAAAAAAACCUUUGAUAAGAGCAAACACAAUAGGUGCAAAUGAUCCUCACUUUUAUCAAAAUGGAUACAAAGCAGCAAAUCAUCGUACAGGAUACCCGCAAGGCAAUCUUACUGAUGCGUUAUCAUAUUAUCCAACUUCUAGCAGAUAUGACUCACCAAAACGAGUUUCGUUAGAAGAUCAACUGUCUUGGCAAGAUAGUAAUAAAUCUCCAUCGAGUUCAAUAGAAACUUCCAGCUUAAAGUCGCGAUCACUUAAUAUUACCGAAAGAAAACACUUUCAAAAUCAACUUCAACAAGAAUAUUUCAAGCAGCAGCAAUAUGACCAGCGUAAUGGUAACGUUAUUUGUGAAGUUCAGGAAUAUGAAAAACCUAUUGUAGAUCAUCCAACUACACGAAAAGAGCAAUUUGUAGAUUCAAGUGGAAUUUUAGUUUCUGAGUCAGGGUAUUUAUCGAUUUCAUCAAAUCUUAGAAUGAAAAGUCAAGAUAAGUCCUCAAAAAAACCUAAACGUACCUCAUCGCUAAGAUCAGCUAUGUCAUCUGUGAGUCAUUGGCUGCCUGAAUUACAUUUACCAAAAAAACAUAGAUCUCACUCUCUCCCAUCUGGUGUAGAUACUGUGGAACAGCCCCAACAAGAAAAAUCAUUAAAGGAAAGAAUCUUAUCAGCACAAAGAAGAAAAAAGAAAUACCAAUUAGUUGCGUCUAUGUCCGGACUACUACAAAAAGCUAGACGAAAACAACAAAGUAGUCAUCAGUCAUUAUCUGACCCCGAAACGUCAGAAACAGAAUGGUCGGGAGGUAGGUCUAGUGCUCAGUCUGAAGACAGUGACAGUGUAUUUUCUGAUUCAACACACGAAAGCAAUGUUUUUGCUAAAGUUCCUGUAAAGCAAAAACAUAGAAAAACUAAUAAUCAAGAAAUUGUAGAACAACAGCAAAUGAUUCAAGAACUACAACAAGGACCAGAAUUACAUGAAGAAGAUAAUGAAUGCAUUAUAGAAGAAAAUGAAAAGUACAACGCUGCCAUUCCCCGGGAUAAAAGCGAUGAUAUUGAUUUUCACUUUGCAAGGGUUAGCCAAAUGAACAAAGAUAAUAUUUCUGAAAUUGAAAAACUUGAUAUUGAUACUGAUAUAUCAAAUAUUGAUCUAUUUGAAGAUAACGGAAAAGACGAUAACCAAUCCCCAACCUCAAUAUUUGCAACAAUAGGAGAUGUAAAAAAGGCUGCAGCAGUUGUAGAUGAAGGAGCUAAUGAAAAUAAUAAGUCGUAUAGUAGUAGUUCUCAAGAAUUUGCAGUUUCACGGGCCUUAGGUAAAUACCGACUUCGUAAAUCAACCUCUAUUUCUGAUGAACAAAUAAGCGAGAAAUCUCCCCCCAGAAUUGAUACCAAUUCCCAAGAAGAACAAAACGAUGAGUCUAUAAAUAAAAAAGACAAGAGACACUGCAAGCCCAGUCCUCCAGAACUUGGUAAUAAUUCAACGCAAGAGGAAAAUGUUUUCUACCCCGAACGCAGUCCAUCUAAUCAAAGUGCACGAGGACUCCCAAAUAAAUUUGUUCCACGUCAUCAACAAAGCUUAGAUAUACCUAAUAAACAUGACGAUGAUGAUAGCCGUAGUACACAUUCUUGGAGAAGUGGGUCCCGCGUAUCAUCAAGAAGGCAAAGCACAGAAGACAGUAUAGAUUCUGAAGAUGAGUGGUAUUGCUACGAAUUAAGAAAAUUAGAAGAAAUGGAGCACCAGUCUCAGCAAGAAGCAGAAAGACAAAAAACUUUAACAGAAGAACCUGAACCUGAGGAAGGUAGUGCUAUUGAACCUAGGGAGGUUUUGAAGGAAAAAAUGUCUUAUGUACUUCAAGAGCUUCAACUGAAAACAGCUCCGAUAAAGGAAAAGUAUGACGAACUUCAAACAAAAGAGACUUGGGAAGAUAUAACGACAUUUCCCAUAAUUGAAGAGAAGUCAGAUGAGUCACACGUUGACAAAGAUUAUGAAGAAGAAAAGUCAUUUGACGAUUCUGGAUCUGGUGAAACAUCGGGACCAGACAGUCCGGUCCAGAGCGGAGAUGAAUUUGAGGACGACUACAAUAUGCCUCAAAUACAAUAUCAAGAACAAGAACGAGUUGAAAAGCCUCCAGUCCAGCAAGAAGCGCAAGUUGGAAGUAAAUGGAAACUACUUAAAGCAUUAAAAGAUAGGAAAGCAGAAGAAAAGACCUCGGAAGCACCCGCUGCGACGACGCCAUCUGCUGAGAAGGAUAAAGUUAGUGCAGGUAAUGGAUCCGGUGGCUUUAGUGAACAAGGUGGUCGAGGAAAUGGACACCCCGGAGAUAAUCCUUUCUAUAGUAACAUCGACAGCAUGCCCGACAUACGGCCAAGGAGGAAAUCAAUUCCGCUGGUAUCGGAACUUACAAUGGCAGCCACAAAAAGGAAUGCUGGACUGACGUCAGCUGUUCACAGAGCAACUUUAAACGAUGAAGAACUGAAAAUGCAUGUGUAUAAGAAGACAUUACAAGCUCUCAUCUACCCUAUUUCAUCAACCACUCCUCAUAAUUUCGUACUUUGGACCGCCACCUCACCAACAUAUUGUUACGAGUGCGAAGGUUUGCUCUGGGGAAUUGCAAGACAAGGAGUUAGAUGUACUGAAUGCGGAGUGAAGUGCCACGAGAAGUGCAAGGACUUACUCAACGCAGACUGCCUUCAAAUGUGUUUCGCAGGGGCUGCUGAGAAGUCUUCCAAGCAUGGAGCCGAGGACAAGGCGAACUCUAUCAUCACCGCUAUGAAGGAGCGAAUGAAGCAAAGAGAACGGGAUAAACCGGAGAUUUUCGAACUCAUUAGACGCGUGUUCAGCAUCGAAGGAGAGGGACAUUCAGCACACAUGAGCACCGUGAAGCAGUCGGUUCUUGAUGGCACAUCAAAAUGGAGCGCCAAGAUCGCUAUCACAGUUAUUUGUGCACAAGGGCUUAUCGCAAAAGACAAGAGCGGAACUUCUGACCCUUACGUCACUGUUCAAGUUAGCAAAGUUAAGAAGAGGACAAGAACAAUGCCUCAGGAACUGAAUCCAGUUUGGAAUGAAAAGUUUUACUUUGAAUGUCAUAACUCUUCCGAUCGCAUCAAAGUGAGAGUAUGGGAUGAAGAUAACGACUUAAAAUCAAAGCUCCGGCAAAAGUUAACCAGAGAAUCGGACGACUUUUUGGGCCAAACAAUCAUUGAGGUUCGAACACUUUCCGGAGAAAUGGACGUGUGGUACAAUCUGGAGAAGAGAACGGAUAAGUCAGCUGUGUCAGGAGCCAUCAGACUUCAUAUAAAUGUAGAAAUCAAGGGUGAAGAGAAAGUGGCGCCGUAUCAUGUUCAGUAUACCUGUCUACACGAAAAUUUGUUUCAUUACCUGUGCGAGGAAAAUGGCGGUGCCGUAACUUUGCCUGCUGCGAGGGGCGACGAUGCUUGGAAAAUCUACUUCAACGAGAUCCCCGAGGAGAUUGUAGAUGAAUUCGCCAUGAGAUAUGGAAUUGAGGCUAUUUAUCAAGCUAUGACACAUUUCCAUUGUCUCUCAACAAAAUACCUCUGUGCCGGCGUACCAGCUGUUAUGUCGACGCUUCUUGCCAACAUUAAUGCAUAUUAUGCACACACAACCGCAUCGUCAGCAGUUUCGGCGUCAGAUCGAUUUGCUGCGUCCAACUUUGGGAAAGAAAAGUUUGUAAAGUUGCUAGAUCAGCUACACAACUCCUUAAGGAUAGACUUGUCAAUGUACCGAAACAACUUCCCAGCAUCCAGCGCCGAAAAAUUGAUGGAUCUCAAAUCCACCGUCGAUUUGCUUACCAGCAUUACAUUCUUUAGAAUGAAGGUCCAAGAACUUAGCAGUCCACCACGCGCGAGUACCGUUGUUAAAGAUUGCGUAAAAGCUUGCCUCAGGUCUACGUAUCAAUUCCUGUUCGAAAACUGUUACGAGCUUUAUAACAGAGAGUUCCAGGUUGAUCCUAAUGAAGCUAAGCGUGAUCCGUCUGACCACGGACCUCAAUUAGAUUCGGUAGACUUCUGGCACAAACUAAUCGCUCUCAUUGUAUCUGUGAUCGAAGAGGAUAGAAACAGCUAUGCGCCCGUUCUUAAUCAGUUCCCGCAAGAGUUAAACAUUGGUCAGUUGUCAGCAGCGACCAUGUGGUCACUUUUUGCUGUUGAUAUGAAGUACGCGUUAGAGGAACACGAACAGCACAGGCUAUGCAAGUCUUCCGCUUAUAUGAAUCUGCAUUUUAAGGUGAAGUGGUUACACACAAAUUACGUUAAAGACGUGCCUCCAUACUGCGGCGCAGUGCCGGAAUACCCAGCUUGGUUUGAACCAUUCGUAAUGCAGUGGCUGAACGAGAACGAUGAUGUGUCUCUAGAAUAUCUAAACGGAGCCUUCAACAGAGACAAGAGAGACGGGUUCCAAAAAUCUAGUGAACAUGCAUUAUUCAGCAACUCCGUGGUUGACGUAUUCACACAACUGACUCAGUGUUUCGACGUAGUGUCUAAGCUCGAGUGUCCAGAUCCAGAAAUUUGGAAGCGGUACAUGAAGAGGUUUGCAAAAACCAUCGUAAAGGUUCUCGUAGCUUAUGCUGAUAUUGUUAAGAAGGAAUUUCCCGAGCAUUUGAAAGAGGAGAGAGUAGCAUGUAUUCUAAUGAACAACAUACAACAACUUCGCGUGCAACUAGAAAAGAUGUUCGAGGCAAUGGGUGGUACUAAAUUAGAACGAGACGCGGCGGAUAUUUUGCACGAUUUACAGCAGAGUUUAAACAGUACACUGGAUGAGCUUGCGUCUAUGUUUGCUAACAGUCUGGAGGUUCGCAUUACAGCAAGUGUAAAGGAAUUAGGGGAACUGUUACAAAAAGUGGGAGGUGGAGGAGCGCCUGGAGCUCCACAACCACCUGCACACCAUGAGGCAGAUGAGGUGCUUCGUCCCCUAAUGGAUAUCCUGGAUGGCUCAUUAACUAUGUACGCUGAAUCUUGCGAAAAGACAGUGCUGAAGCGGUUGCUCAAGGAGUUGUGGAAAAUUGUUAUGAAAAUAUUGGAAAAAACAGUUGUGCUUCCACCCAUGACUGACAAAACGAUGAUGCUGAAAAAUCUAACAAACAAUGCAAAGAACCUUGCGGCGAAUGCGAAAAUAGAAGAUAUGACUCAACUUUUUAAGAGCACGGUCGGGAAACAAGAUGUGAAGCAUGCGCUCUCCGGUGUAAUGGAUAUCUCUAAAGAGCAUUUAUCAGCCGAGAAGAGUCUAACACCGAAGCAGUGCGCCGUUCUCGACGCCGCCUUAGAUACCAUCAAACUCUAUUUCCACGCGGGAGGCAAUGGUCUCAAGAAAACCUUUUUGGAGAAAAGCCCUGAGCUGCAGUCUCUGAGAUACGCACUUAGUCUGUACACGCAGACUACUGAUACGUUGAUAAGAACAUUUGUUACGAGUCAACAGAACCAAGAUGCGGCAGUAGCGGAAGAGGGCAGCGUGGGAGAAGUGUCCCUUCAAGUGGAUCUUUUCACUCAUCCGGGAACUGGAGAGCACAAGAUCACUGUCAAAGUGGUCGCAGCUAACGACCUGAAGUGGGUUAUCGCCAGCGGCAUGUUCCGUCCAUUCAUUGAGGUGAACCUAAUCGGUCCUCAUCUCGCGGAUAAGAAGAGAAAAUUCGCCACCAAGUCAAAGAGCAACAACUGGAGUCCAAAGUUCAAUGAGACUUUUCAUUUCAUGGUGAGUGCGACGGAGCAGCUUGAACUGUUCGAGCUACACGUGUGCGUGCGGGAUUAUUGCUUUGCGCGCGAAGACCGGCUCGUCGGUGUUGCCGUCAUGCGCCUCGCUGAUAUCGCCGAACAGGGUUCGUGCGCCUGCUGGCUGCCAUUGGGUACGCGUGUUAAAAUGGACGAAACUGGUUGGACGAUACUUAGAAUUUUGUCUCAGAGGCAUAGCGAUGAAGUUGCAAGAGAGUUUGUUAAGCUUAAGUCGGAAAUGCGAGCAGAGGCUCCCAGCGGUAAUCAAGGGCCAUCGUGA